ACAUUGAAGUAAAGUAUAAGAGCGCGGCGCGGAGCGGGGCGCAGGGACUGCCGCUCAGCUGGGAGACGCUGGAGAUGAUACAUGGUCGCUUGUAGACGGUUUUGAACCCUCGUUCUGACCAGGCAGUUUUUCAGCCAUGACUUGCAUACAUCCCCAGCACGGAUCGCAGCUCUAUGAGAACAGCAUGAGCAGCUUGGAGUCUCAGGGCGCAGACAUCACCUCUUGGCUGGACAUGAGCAGCCCGCAGCACCUUUCCGCCUCUUCCCUGCCGAGUGCCGCUCAGGUGCUGCGUGCGCCCGCUGAGGACUACGAAGCCUACUCCUGCCAGUUCACUACAGCCCCAGCAGUCACGUCUCCCUCGCACCAGGAGGGACAGUACAACAUGGAGGAUCUACAAAUCUACGGCUGCUACCCAGGGCCACUUAUGUUGAACUAUCCAGGGGAGGCCAUGUCUCCCAGUGGAUCGGAUUAUUACGGCAGCCCUGCCGCAGCUUCGUCCCCUUCGACGCCCGGUUUUCAGAGCCAGCCUGCGUCCAACUGGGAUUCAGUUUUUGGGACAUAUUCGGCCAGUCCUGAAUGUUGGAUGGCCAAGGACAUCUCAGGACCAAACGCAUCCACUUUAUUUCCAUUCGGCUCCGGGCCCUUGGAGGAUGUGCCUCAUUUUGGGACGUCGCUUUUGCAAGAGCAGGAACUUUUUACUUUGGCUCACCCUCUUCAAUCCGGACUGACCUUCCCGACUGCGGUGAGGGAGUCGGGGUUCGGCCUCCAUGGCAACGAACAGCUGGACGCCACUUUAUCGCCCAAACUGAAACGUGGAAAUGAGGGCGACUGCGCUGUGUGUGGAGACCAUGCUUCCUGUCAGCACUACGGCGUUCGCACCUGUGAAGGAUGUAAAGGCUUUUUCAAGCGAACAGUGCAGAAAAACUCCAGAUACGUUUGCAAUGCCAACAAAGACUGUCCUGUGGACAAGAGGAGGCGCAAUCGGUGCCAGUUCUGCCGCUUCCAGAAGUGCCUUGCUGUGGGGAUGGUGAAGGAAGUUGUGAGAACAGACAGCCUGAAAGGCCGCAGAGGUCGUCUACCUUCAAAGCCUAAAGUGGUUCAGGACACGCCUGUCCCAGUAUCCCCAGUAAACAUGAUUGCUUCCCUAGUUCGAGCCCAAACGGAGUCAAACCCCAGCAUCGGCGCUCUAGAUUACUCUAAGUAUGUUGAGCAGAAAUUCAGCAUGAACCAGAAGGAAGACGUCAGUAAUGUCAAGCACUUUUACGACCUCCUCACAGCGUCUUUCGAGGCCAUCAGGAAAUGGGUGAAGGACAUCCCUGGUUUCUCCAAUUUCUGUCUUGAGGAUCAGGAACUUCUGCUGGAAUGUGCUUUCAUUGAACUCUUCAUUCUGCGUCUUGCUCAUCGGUCAAACCCUGAAACGGGUGAACUCAUCUUCUGCGACGGCACCGUACUUCACAAAACCCAGUGUGUUCGAAGCUUCGGGGAAUGGAUCGAUUCCAUCCUGGAGUUUUCUCAAAGUCUUCACUGCAUGAAGUUAGAUGAGGAGUCCUUCGCCUGCCUCACAGCCUUGGUCAUAAUCACUGAUCGUUUUGGUCUAAAGGAGCCCAAACGUGUGGAGGAUUUUCAGAACCAGCUCAUCAGCUGUCUUAAAACCCACAUGUCUAGCUGUGGCUCCGAGUCCUUGCCGCCUAAUUAUUUGUCCCGACUUCUUGGGAAGCUGCCUGACCUCAGGACUUUGAGCACCCAAGGCCGCCAACGUAUAUUUUACCUGAAACUGUCAGAUCUUGUUCCCCAACCUCCGAUUGUGGAAAAGAUCUUUAUGGACACGCUAUUGUUUUAAAAUGUUUUUGGGGAAAAAGACAUCUUCAGCUUGUUCACACUCUUCAGGUGAAAUGGCAAGAAACGAAGAGGUGUUACAGUUUGGUGCUACUUCUUAGUGCUUGUAUACAUAGGAUCUGGAUCCAGUACAAUAUGGGUAUCAUGGUUUUAGAAUGAAGGUGGAAUUAUAAAGGUCCAUUUAGACCAAACGGUGAUUGUUUGCAUCCAUGAAUGGAGUCUCUUCUGAAUGAGACAACAAUGGCAAACAUGCCCAGUCUAUAAUGUGAGCAAACAAUCUCUAUCCAGCAGAGGGUCUGAAGCUUGGAAAUAAGUUACUAAACUUCUGUUUAAACAUUAAAAUUAUUUUACAAAACCAACUUCUGAUCCAGACAGACUUCAUAAUUCUCAACAUUUGAAAAAGAAGUCUCUUAAAACCCCAUUACACUUUAUAUUUAAUGCCACCACAAUGUUUUGGUGAUAUUUUUUGUAGCUUAAAUUUACAAAACUAUUCAGUGGUAUCAUUCAUGUAUCAUGAAUCAGCAUUGAGCAGCUAAUAUACUGUGUAUUUUUUAAAAUACAGUCUGACACACUGGUUUUCUUUGUGUUUUUGAAUCUGUAUUAAACAUGCAGCUGUUUUGACAUAGAAAUAAUGUCCCAGUGUACAGAGAUUUUGUUGUGUUUUUUUUACCUGUAACUGUGAAACUUCAUUGCUAAAAUUUAAAUAAAUGCAAAAUAUCACAUCUUA